AUGGUUGAUCUGGUGGGACUGGGUAACCUGGUGGCCAACACGGCCUACCUUAAGGUUCCUGAGUUGAGAAAACAGAGAAUCUCCUUGACGCUGUCCAAACCAAAGAAGUCCUCUGAUCUGCUGGCAGCAGCGGAGAAGACGUAUGAAUCACUCUGUGAGCAACAACCAAUUGGUAGAAAGUUGUUCCAGCAGUUUCUCCUGGACUCUAAACCACAAUAUGCAGCAGCCACUGAGUUCCUGGAAGAGCUGAAUGACUGGAGUUUUGCUGAGGGUGAAACCAGAGAGAAGGUUAAAAGGAGCAUUCUCACAAAGUUCUGUCAACCUGAAUCCAGGAGCUUCCUUUCCUACCUUAUGGGAGAAGAUGCUGACAAGUGCAAGGAUUUAUCAGACAAGAACUUUGCUGAGGUGACGUUAGCCCAGAUUAGAGAAGCGUCAAGGAACUUCCUGAAGGGAAAACCUUUCUCUGAGUACCUGAAAAGCCCAUUCUUUUAUAGGUUCUUGCAGUGGAAGGAGCUGGAGAAGCAGAAGAUCAGUGACAAAUACUUUUAUGAGUUUAGGACUUUGGGAAGAGGUGGCUUUGGUGAGGUGUGUGGGGUGCAAGUGAAACACACAGGCCAAAUGUACGCCUGCAAGAAGAUGGACAAAAGGCGUUUAAAGAAAGGGGGUGCUGAGAGGCUGGCCCUUCUGGAGAAGCAGAUCCUGGAGAAAGUCAACAGCCCCUUUAUUGUGAAUUUGGCUUAUGCUUAUGACAACAAGACCCACCUGUUCCUGGUCAUGGACCUCAUGAAUGGUGGAGACCUCAGGUUUCAUAUCUAUGAGUUAGGGGAGCGGGGUAUGUCUAUGGAGCGUGUUGUUUACUACACAGCCCAGAUCACCACUGGGCUCCUCCACCUACACUCUAUGGACAUUGUGUAUCGUGACAUGAAGCCUGAGAAUGUGCUGUUAGAUGGAAAAGGACAAUGUCAGCUGUCUGACUUCGGACUGGCUGUGGAGUUGCCAAAGGGUAAAAUAACCUGCCAGAAGGCUGGUACGACUGGUUACAUGGCUCCUGAGAUCCUGAAGCAGGAGUAUUACCGCACGUCUGUGGACUGGUGGGCUCUGGGCUGCAGCAUCUAUGAGAUGGUGGCUGCUCGUUUGCCCUUUAAAGACUUUAGGGAAAAGGUUCUGAAUGAGGAGGUGACUCGCCGCACUCUGGAGGACACCUGCAAAUUUAAACACAAACACUUUGACGCUGCCACUAAAGAUAUCAUCAGAUGCUUUCUCAAGAAGAAGGUGGCUCAGCGCCUCGGUUGUGACGGUGGUGACCCACGAAACCACAUAUUUUUCAAUAGUAUCAAUUUCCAUCGCCUGGAGGCGGGGUUGGUGGAGCCCCCCUGGGUGCCAAAGUCCAAUGUGAUCUACAACAAGGACAGGGUAGAGCUCAGAGACACCUCCGAGGUUCGGGACAUUGAGCUCGAUGCCAAGGAUGAGAAAUUUUUCCAGGAGUUCAGCACAGGGGCGGUCCCCAUCCGGUGGCAGAAGGAGAUGAUUGACAGCGGCGUGUUUGACGAGCUGAAUGAGCCCAGACUGAAAGGAUGCGACUGCGACGCUAUGUGGGAAUCCAAGCUGUGCAUCAUUUUGUAAGUAUUUUGUCUAAAAGGCUUUAUGUACACCUGGGCAAAACAGUUCUGAAUACUUGAAAA